AUGGCGCAGGCGCAGCCCGCCACGGCCCAGGGCUGGCACACGCCGCCAGCGCGGGCGGGGCCGGCUGCGCCCGCAGGCUCAUCUGCUGGCGCCGGGCCCCCCGCCGCUCUCACAGCCCCCCGCUGGCCGCCGGAGGCGCGGCCAGCGCUGGCGGCGCGGCCAGCCGCCGCGCACGGCCAGACGCCAGCGUCUGCCAGGUCACCCACCGCAGCGCCAGCGCCGGCCCAUGGCAGUACCAGCGGGCCCCCGACGACCGCCUCCACAGCCGGCGCCCGCGUCACGAGCGUGGUGCACGCGAAGUCCACGUCGCUGAAGCCGGAGGAGGCCUGCCCAAGCUUCCAGAUCGGCAAGAAUUACCCCGGCAACGACGUGAAGGUGGACGGCAACGACUUCACGGGUCGCAUCGACGACGCGGUCGGCUGCUCGGCCCUGUGCUUCGAGCACGGCGCCGGGUACUUCACGUACGGAACUGGCAUCGGCUACAUUGGCCUGUGCUGGUGCAAGUCCAAGUUGGAGAACGCGAGUGAUAAUUCAGGCUUGACGUCCGGCACAGCGUGCAAAGACGGGGUCGAGGCGCCCCGCGAGGCCAAUGGCGCGCCCACCACGACGUCCGCGCGGGAGGCGGAGGCCACGACCCCGGAGGAGGAGGCGUCCACUGCGCCCGCGCACGAGACCACGACGACGGCGGAGGAGGCCUCUUGUCCAUCAUGUGCUCCAAAGUCACGCCCUAUCCCUGCGAUUGUGAUCCCAACGUACGAGAGGGACUUGUGCAAGGCGAACUUCACAGCCCUUUCCAUCGCGAAGCACGAUCCAGACCACCUCCUUGGGGAUCUCUACCUUCUGUGGGUCUCAUCAUCACCAGCAGCCGAUUACGAAAAAGAGAUUGACCAGCUCAAGGUGGCUAUCUCCAAGACGCGGAAGGUUCACUUCCACGACUUCUCUGCCACUCUUGACGGGCAGAGGGGAUGGGUUGCGCAACAAGUAUUGAAGCUCAAGGUUGCUACGUUGGUCGAAGAGGAUUUCUACGUCGUGCUUGACUCGAAGAACACGUUCGUACGGGAUAUCAAGCCGGAGAUAUUCGUAAGUUCGUGCAAUCAGGCAAUAGUCUUCGGGGAUUACAAGGCGGCGGAGUUGCCCGAGCUGCACAGUCAAUGGUACGAGACGUCGGCGAGGUUGCUCGACGUGCCAUCUCCAUUGGAUGGGCACGACGACGGAGACAGAUGGCCGCCGUCGAUUACGCCCAUGACCUUCCACAGACAGACGGUUCUCGACCUCCUCGCCCAUAUAGGUACGCUGUUCUGCCUUGUGAAUUUAUGA